CGCGCCAGGGAGGUUGUCGGGAGGGGGGAGCGAAGAAAACGAGCGGCGGACGAACCGAAAAAACGCUCGACGCUGUGUUUGAGGAACUUUGAUCCUGGCGGGCCACCAUUCCGGAAGUGGAAUUUAGAGGAAGAAAGUACCGGAGUUGCAGGGGGAUAGGUAAAUUUCUCAAGGUUAUAGGUUGGGGUUCUUAGAACUUUUUGUGGUGUGUGUUGGCCUAGAGCGACUCAAAAGUGUUAGUCACCUCACCUAAAGAAGCUAACCUCUCUGCUGAGCGCGACCGGCAUGUGGCGCAGGAUGAGCCUCGGGGCUUCUGGUAAGAGUCCGUCUGAGAAAGCCGGUCUGCGCUGUUCCUUGGUGGCGACCUUAAUUAUGAGAUGAGCUAAUGCUUUACUGACUUACCAUGGCGCAGCGGGCAGUGUGGCUCAUAAGCCACGAACCGGGAACUCCACUUUGUGGCACCGUGAGAUUCUCCAGACGGUAUCCAACUGUUGAAAAACGAGCCAGAGUCUUCAAUGGAGCAAGUUAUGUGCCUGUUCCCGAAGACGGUCCCUUUCUUAAAGCACUGCUCUUUGAACUUAGAUUAUUGGAUGAUGAUAAAGACUUUGUUGAGAGUCGUGAUAGCUGUUCACGCAUCAAUAAAACAUCCGUUUAUGGACUCCUGAUAGGAGGUGAAGAACUCUGGCCAGUUGUUGCUUUUCUGAAGAAUGACAUGAUAUAUGCCUGUGUUCCACUAGUUGAACAAACUCUGUCACCUCGACCACCAUUAAUUAGUGUUAGUGGAGUUUCACAAGGCUUUGAAUUUCUUUUUGGGAUACAGGAUUUUCUUUAUUCAGGUCAAAAAAAUGACUCUGAGCUAAAUACAAAAUUGAGCCAGUUGCCUGACUUGCUUCUGCAGGCUUGUCCAUUUGGUACUUUAUUAGAUGCUAACUUACAGAAUUCAUUAGAUAAUACCAACUUUGCAUCUGUGACUCAGCCACAAAAACAGCCAGCUUGGAAAACUGGAACGUACAAAGGAAAACCACAAGUUUCUAUUUCUAUCACUGAAAAGGUAAAAUCCAUGCAAUAUGAUAAACAGGGUGUAGCGGAUACAUGGCAAGUUGUUGGAACAGUGACUUGCAAGUGUGAUUUGGAAGGAAUCAUGCCAAAUGUUACCAUCAGCUUGAGUCUCCCCACCAAUGGAUCUCCACUUCAGGAUAUUCUAGUUCAUCCUUGUGUAACUUCUCUUGACUCUGCAAUUCUGACUUCUAGUAGUAUUGAUGCAAUGGAUGACUCUGCAUUUAGUGGGCCUUACAAAUUUCCAUUCACUCCACCUUUAGAGUCAUUCAACUUAUGCUACUACACUUCCCAGGUCCCUGUCCCACCAAUUUUGGGUUUUUAUCAAAUGAAGGAGGAAGAAGUACAACUAAGAAUAACCAUUAAUUUAAAACUUCAUGAAAGUGUGAAAAAUAAUUUUGAAUUCUGUGAAGCCCAUAUACCUUUUUACAAUAGAGGUCCAAUUACACAUUUGGAAUACAAAACUAGUUUUGGCCAGCUUGAAGUAUUUCGAGAGAAAAGCUUAUUGAUCUGGAUUAUUGGCCAGAAGUUCCCCAAAUCAAUGGAAAUUAGUCUUUCUGGAACUGUAACUUUUGGAGCCAAGAGCCAUGAGAAGCAGCCAUUUGACCCAAUUUGUAUUGGACAAACAGCAUAUUUAAAGCUUCAUUUUAGGAUCUUAGAUUACACACUUACUGGAUGUUAUGCAGAUCAGCAUUCAGUUCAAGUUUUUGCAUCAGGAAAACCAAAAAUAAGUGCACACCGGAAACUAAUUUCUUCUGAUUAUUACAUCUGGAAUUCUAAAGCCCCUGCUCCAGUAACAUAUGGAUCAUUAUUAUUGUAAUAGUCUCAUGUUUAAAUGGGAUUAUAUAAUGAUAACAGUUUAAAGAAAAUCAUAAUCUUAUAUUUUAAUGUGGAUGCAUAUAACCUGUGAGUGAAAAAUCACUGAAUGAUUUAAUUGUAAAAGUAGUCUCAUGUACUGUUUGUAGUGUGAUAGAGCUUGAAAGGACGUUUUAAAAGCUAAUGUCUCCAAUUUUGUUAACCUUUGAUUUUAUGCCAGUAUAAUUCUGGACAUAGAAAAGUAGUGAUUCACUUGGGCUCAUUUUAGACUAGUCCUGGGUCACCCUGCCACACUUGUUUCCUAGUGUUUCUGUGGCAGACAUUGCUAAUCAAUUACAGCCCUUUUCUGUACUGCGCCUUGGAUAAAGGGUCAGGCUCCUUUUCAGUUCAGAGAUUCAGGCAGCCACUCCCAGUGGGUUGUAGAUAACAUGCAAGAUAAAAACUAUUUUCUCUUCCAAAUCUAAGUACUAAGCUCCUAGUAUAAGGUGUUGUUACAGAAUACCAGAGACCAUAUUAUAAACAACUACAUCUCUUCAAAAAACAGCCAACAGAGACAAAGGAAAAGUGUUUAAAUAGUAGCCUGUUCUUCUUAAUCAGAACUAUCCUAUUGAUUAAUAAAGAAUUUGCAUAAUUCUACUUAAGGUGUGUAAUCUCUGUUCUAGAGUUAGUUUUUAAGUAAGCUUGUUAAUCUACCACAAUGACAUUUUGCUUAGGAUGUCAGUAGCCAUAUUAAGAUGUGUGGAAUAUCUUCAGAAGAUGAUCAUAGUGUUUUGUAAUCAUUUAAUGUCUGCAGCCAAAUUUUUAAAGGUAAUUUAGAUCUAAUACUGCUCUUGCUGUGUCUAAUUAAGUUAAAAUUAAUGAAUGAAUUCUGGUAAAAAUUCAAAAGGCACUCUGUGAGUAGAGAGUAUCAUUUAAGCUUAUUUUAGUCACAUGUAAUAUAUAUCUCCUUAAAGCUGUCACUCUCACUUUCUUACCAUUCUCUUGAUUUCUUCAGAAACCAUCUAGUCAUCCUCUUUAUCCUCUACCUGCUUCUGCAAUUAUAUGUCAUAUUAUGUUUUCAGAGCAGUUCAUUGUCAAGUUGGACUUUAAGUGACAAUUCAAGAAAAGAUGAAAUCUCGCGAACCUCAAAACUUCAUUCAUGUCUUUUUACAAAUGAGAAAAAAUAUAUGCAUUAAAGAUUAAUACUCAAUUUGAUUAUA